AAAACAGGUUUGUGUGUCAUAAACUCAUAGUACGAAUACAAUUCCAACACACACACACACACCUAUAUAUACAAAUACACACCUCACAGAUUUCAAUCCCCAAACCCACACUCCUCUUCAAUUCGAUUCAGUUAGAAUUUCAAUUCCCAUGGCGGAUUCAAAAUCUGGAAACGAUGACCACAAAACUAAUGAAGAAAACCCUAGUUUCAAUUCCUCCCCAGCUGCUGCCGAUUCUAACCAAGUCGCUGCGAUGAACACCGGGGAAGAUAAUAGUAUUAGUAACAAUAACCAAGGGAGACAGAGUAGAACUCCGUUCACCGACCUUAGUCAGGUCGAUGCUGAUCUCGCUCUUGCUCGUACUUUACAGGAACAGGAAAGGGCCUAUAUGAUGCUUACAAUGAAUGCAGAUGUAAGUGAUUAUGGAAGGUGGGAGGCUGCGGAUCAUGAUCUUGAUGAUGUUAGUGAAGAUGAGUAUGAAGGUUCUGAUGGAGGUGAUGAUCAUGAGCAUGACCUUGACCAUGAAUCUGAAGAUUAUGAUGAUGAAGAAGAUGCAUUUGAUGUGCAUGCUCAUGAAGAUGGAGAUCAUGAUAACAAUCCUAUUACUGAAUUAAAUCCUGCUGAUUUUCCAAAUGAUGAGGCCUAUGCAAGAGCCCUACAAGAUGCUGAAGAUCGUGAAAUGGCUUCUAGAUUGCUUGCACUUUCUGGGAUAAGCGGGAUGGUAGCAAGCGAAUCUGAGGAGCUAGAAGAUCAUGGUCAUGAUUCUCAGGAUGCUUGGGAGGAGGUUGAUCCAGAUGAAUUAUCAUAUGAGGAAUUAAUUGCACUAGGUGAUGUUGUUGGAACUGAGAGUAGAGGGUUGUCUGCUGAUACAAUAGCCUCUUUGCCUUCAAAGAGUUUCAAGAUGCAGAACAAUCAAGAAGAAAACAUUGAAUCGUGUGUAAUUUGCCGGCUGGACUACGAAGAGGGUGAAACAUUGACUGUGCUUGGUUGUAAGCAUUCAUACCAUCAGGAGUGCAUAAAUAAUUGGUUAUGCAUAAAUAAGGUUUGCCCCGUUUGUAGCGCUGAGGUCUCUACAACAGGAAACAGUUAGCAGAUGUCUGGAUGGUGAUCUGCUACAAUUUACUAAAUCUAUGGUGUAACAUUGGCAGACCACAGAAGUACUAAGCUAGAUCUUGUUUAAAUUAUCGUGCUUCUGUUAGAGUAAAGACUGUACAUUUCCGUUUUUGGAUGCAUUUGGCACUGCCCAAUUCAAUCAUUCUCAGACUUUGGAAUUGUCCGAAGUGAUUUGUUGUUCAUUACAUUAUCUAUGGUUUGAUUUCAUUUUUUAUAUUA